AUGUUCGUAGAGGCAAUGGUCAACUCACUAAAGGAGGAACGAUCGAAAGUCGACGAACAGGCCGUCAUUCAGGUGGACGUCCAUGAACCAUGCCAACAACUACUCAUCCCGUCCGCUGAUGCUGUCGGUCCAUCCUCUGAAAGUCUCCAAUCCGCCACCCAAAGCACCAGUGUCACUCAGAACAAUGAGUUGAACAUUCUGUUCGGAAAUCACAUGAAAAUCAUGAGAAACGCCGUUCACAAAGCCAAACAGGACCUGCGCAUGACGGCGAACGAAAAGCAAAUACAAGACCAAGCGAAGCAGCUUGUCGAGAUGUCUUCGAAGAAAAUGAAGAAGCAGUUGAAGCACCUGCUUUUGAAUUUGAAGGAGCUCCAGGAACAGUGCGACGUCAAGCAAGCUCGUCUGCACGAACUGAGGGACAAAAUCGACCGCGCUUCGACGUCGUCGAAGACCAUGCAGAGGCGAUUACAGCUCGCUGAAGAGUCGCUGAACAAAGAGACGACGAAGCACGACCAGCUGCUCCUCGCCAUAAGCAGCGAGAACAAGGACCUGCAGCGUAGCAGGACAAUGCUGGAGACGAGCUGCAUGAGAAACAAGGAUGGCGAGGAAUCCGUCUCUCGGCUCGACACUCAAUUUAAGGUGCUACUGAACAGAAUUCAAGAAGGGCAAACCACGGUAGAAACGUUGAAGAAACAAAUCGCAAGGCAUCAAGCAGAAUCAGAACAGCUGGCCAUUUCAAACGCUAGAAGUUUCAACGAGUACGAGACUAUCCAAAAGGUGACUACGCCGUUCAUAAACGAGUUACGAGUACAAAUCUUGGCUAAAGACAGACGCUCGAAGGAGCAGAGCUGCAAAGCCGUCAGACCGCAUGAAGGAACCAAAGCCGACGACGGCCCAAAUCUUGAAGUCGCGUUUCAAGACCAGAUCCAAGCUGAGUUGAUGCAGCUCAGACAAGAAAAUGACAGAACGGAGAAAGGACUGCUUCUUUUAGAAGAGAACCGCGAAAACGACGUUCUGUGUUUCGAGGCGCUUGAGAAAAAGGAAUCAGAGUUACGAGCGUUCCGCGAUGAACUCGAUCGGCAGGUAUCGAUGAAACACAUGAAAAUCGCCAAAAUUCAAGAAAGCACGGCAGCGAUGACAAAGGUGGUCAAAAGGAAAGAAGAGAAACUGCUGAGGUUAAGAAAAUCACUGCAGAAUGCAAGUCCCUCUACGAAUAUGACCGAAGCUUCUUUACAACAGCAGGUGAUCGCCUUCGAAAACAGCAUAUCACUUUACGAGAAAUGCAUCCAAGGCUACCUACGUCAGUGGGCUCAAAAGCAGGAAACGCUGGCGAAACUUCAGGAACAGAUCGAACGGAACGAUAACGCCACCGAGUACAAAAAAUGUGGCAUCGUUAGGGAUUACGGCAACGUCUCCAACAUAUACGACUGCUAA